AUGCCUGGUCAAAUUCCGAAAAAAGCUCUCACACGUGCUCAACGCAAAAUCAACGCCGAAAGUCAGAACAAAUGUGAUGAACUCAACCCAAACCGUCCACCAGGUUCAUAUUUGUUUACUCCAGUGAGUUUUGCUUCAGAAUUUGAAUUCAUAGGCGAGAAUUACGAGACAGAGAGUGUAGAAAAAAGGGAGAGUGUGGAGAGUUAAAGAAAUAUGUCUUCUAAAACUAAAAACAAUGUUUUUUCAGCCUCGUAAUGCUGGUGGAGCGACUACGACCGAAGGAAAUUCUCACUUUAAGCGCUUCACAUCAGGUGAAGAGUCGAAUGUGGAGGAAGUUGUGCACCCGGUGGAUGCGCCUGCAGGAGUCAAUAAUGGUGCCAAUGUUCCAAAUCAACAGCCACCAGUCGCAGCUGUAGCUCCGCAAAUCGCAGCUGAUGCUCCAAAUCCAAUUGUUGCUGUUGAUGUUGUUCGAGCCGAAGGAGUUGUGGCGGCGGGUCACCAAGCUGUUGAAGCACCGCCUUCUGUCGCAUCAUCUGCUGAUGAAACUGAGGGUGAUGAAGCAAUCGCUGAAGCUUUGGCGCAAGAAGCCCGACGCCAACGUCGUCGUAGACGCAGACGUCAAGCCCGAAGACGCCAAAAUCAAUACAACUAUGAGAGAGUGAGUUUUUUUCAUGAGCAACUCCAGACUUUGUAAAUGAAAUUGAUUUUUUCAGCCCGAGGUUUUGAUGGCCGAUCCCCAUCAGGGGGAGGUCAUCAUUGAUGAAUUCUUGCCAAUGGCGGAAGAUGCGACGCAAACUGAGGAGUCUGAAUAA